UCUAUGUCACAGAAUAACAUUCGAGAAUGGGACAUGGAAUGAGGGGACGGCCGCCGCAGCCUCAGCAGUGGCAGCCCAGGGCCGGGCAGCAGCAACCCUCACCGCCCGCAACCCCCGGAGAGGCUCGGUCGCAAUGAAGCGCGCUUCCUCCAGGCCCGGCCCGUGAGCUGUAGCCCGGCCACGCUCCCUCUUGGCGCGUCCUGCAGCACCAGCGGCAUGGAGAAGGCCACGCGCUCGGGGCGCUGAUCCUUUUGCUCCCGCCCCACCAUGACUGGCUCCGCGGCCGACACUCAUCGCUGCCCCCAUUCCAAAAGCGCCAAAGGCACCCGGUCCCGGAGCAGCCAUGCACGGCCAGUGAGCCUCGCCACCAGUGGGGGCUCGGAGGAGGAGGACAAAGACGGCGGGGUGCUGUUUCACGUGAACAGGAGCGGCUUUCCCAUGGACAGCCACACCUGGGAACGCAUGUGGGUGCACGUGGCCAAGGUGCACCCGAAGGGCGGAGAGAUGGUGGGGGCCAUCAGGAACGCAGCCUUCUUGGCAAAGCCUUCAAUACCCCAGGUCCCAAACUACAGGCUGUCCAUGACGAUCCCGGACUGGCUGCAGGCGAUCCAGAAUUACAUGAAGACACUACAGUAUAAUCACACAGGGACCCAGUUCUUUGAAAUUAGGAAAAUGAGACCACUGAGUGGGUUAAUGGAAACAGCAAAGGAAAUGACCCGAGAGUCCUUGCCGAUCAAAUGCCUUGAAGCUGUCAUCCUGGGCAUAUACUUAACCAAUGGGCAGCCUUCCAUUGAGCGAUUCCCCAUCAGCUUUAAAACCUACUUCUCAGGAAAUUACUUUCACCACGUUGUGCUGGGAAUAUACUGCAAUGGCCGCUAUGGCUCCGUGGGCAUGAGCCGGAGGGCUGAGCUGAUGGACAAGCCCCUGACCUUUCGGACGCUGAGUGACCUUGUCUUUGACUUUGAAGACUCCUACAAGAAAUACCUGCACACAGUCAAGAAGGUCAAGAUUGGGCUGUAUGUCCCCCACGAGCCCCACAGCUUCCAGCCCAUCGAAUGGAAGCAGCUGGUCCUCAAUGUCUCCAAGAUGUUGAGGGCUGACAUAAGGAAGGAGCUGGAGAAAUACGCCAGGGACAUGAGGAUGAAGAUCUUGAAGCCUGCAAGUUCCCACUCUCCGACCCAGGUGAGAAGCCGGGGGAAAUCCCUGUCACCUCGAAGGAGACCAGCAAGUCCCCCAAGGAGGCUCGGCAGGCGAGACAAGUCGCCUGCUCUGCCUGAGAAGAAGGCUGUGGAUCUCAGCACCCUGAAUGAAGUGGGCUAUCAGAUCCGAAUCUAGCCCAGCUCCGGAGGCCAGCAAGAGGGUGCUGUGGUGCUCCGCUCUGCACUUUCCCCAGUGUCUUCAGGAGGAACCGCAUUUAUUUAUUAAGAACUCGUGAAUUUUAUUUCUAAGGAUUCAUCUGGAAAUAGAAUCUGAGUGGAUGGGAGCAAUUAGCUUUAAAAACUCCUGCAGCAGCAACCAUGAAAAGGCUGAAGAAUAAACCCUACUGGGGUUGGACUGUCUCCCUCCCUCACAAUCUCAAGGAUAACAAACACGAACUGGAGUUUUAUACCUCUUCAUUUACAUUCUUUUCCUGGCUUGGAACAUCAUGCCUCACCAGAAUGGCAGAGUCCUCUCUCCCACUUUUCGUAUAGUAAGAUCACUCAGUCAGUAUUAAGUCUUUUUCAGCAAUAACAGAAGCAAAGAUGGGUGGGUUUUUUUUAAGCAAUUAAUAUUACCUCAGCAUUUUUACAUCAGAUAUGCAAACUUAAUGUUUUUUU